CCCGAGGUCAAACACAGCUGCCAGGCUUACCUCCACCUCCCAUUCCUGGCCUCUGCCUCCAGGCACCUGGCCUGGCCUCGGUCCUCAGAGGAGCCAUGGAGCCCUCAGGAAAAUCUAAGUGCUGCUCGCUUCGACCUCUGACCUUUUUCCUGGUCGCCUUCCUCCUGGUCUUUGGCAUGGGGGUCCUGAGCCCGAGAAUCCCGAUGCUGAGGACCAGGCCCGAGGAAGAAGGCAUCGAGGCCGAUAGAAAACCGCCCGGGAUGCAAGUUGUGAAACUACCGAGGAUGCUGUACCCGCAGCCCGCGGUGCUGACGCCCUCGAGGAAAGACGUCCUCGUCCUGACCCCGUGGCUGGCGCCCAUCGUCUGGGAGGGGACCUUCAACAUCGACAUCCUGAACGAGCAGUUCCGGCUCCAGAACGUCACCGUCGGGCUCACCGUGUUUGCCAUCAAGAAGUACGUGGUCUUCCUGAAGCUGUUCCUGGAGACGGCCGAGCAGCACUUCAUGGUGGGGCACAGGGUCAACUACUACGUCUUCACCGACCGGCCGGCCGACGUGCCCCGCGUGGCGCUGGGGGAGGGCCGCCGCCUGGUGCUGCUCCAGGUCCCGGGCGCCGCGCGCUGGCAGGACGUGUCCAUGCGCCGCAUGCAGAUGAUCAGCGACUUCUGUGAGCGGCGCUUCCUGCGGGAGGUGGACUUUCUCAUGUGCGUGGACGUGGACAUGCGCUUCCGCGACCACGUGGGCGUGGAGAUCCUGUCCCCGCUCUUCGGCACCCUGCACCCCGGCUUCUACGGGGCGACCCGCCAGGCCUUCACCUACGAGCGCCGGCCGCAGUCCCAGGCCUACAUCCCCCCGGACCAGGGCGACUUUUACUACUUGGGGGGCUUCUUCGGGGGGUCGGUGUCCGAGGUUCACCGGCUCACCGCGGCCUGUCACCAGGCCAUGAUGGCCGACCGCGCCAAUGGCAUCGAGGCCGUUUGGCACGACGAGAGCCACCUGAACCGGUACCUGCUGGACCACAAGCCCACCAAGGUGCUGUCCCCGGAGUACCUGUGGGACGAGCAGCUGCUGGGCUGGCCGGCCGUCAUGCGGAAGCUGAGGUUCGUGGCCGUGCCCAAGAACCACCAGCAGAUCCGCAACUGAGGGGUGCGCUGGGGGCUGGGGGCCAUGCUCCCUCGGGGCCCCCAGAUUGGAACCUUUAUGGCCCUGGGCACGCCUGCGCUUCCCUCUUCUGUCCUGAGGGGGGAGACUGUCGAGGCCUGGCACUGCCCCAACCCCAAAUACAGGCCUUGGGGCACCUCCGCCCUGUGCCCACCCACGCUCAGGCAUGCAGGAGACGGGCCCCACCCCCUGGGCACGGGGCCUGGAGUGGCCUGGCCAUCCGCUCCCACUGGGCGCUCCUCAGGCCCUUCAGCUCAGGUGAGGCAGGUGGUCCCGGCCCCACCUGACAGACGGGGGCCCAGAUGAAGUCACUCCUAAAGAGGGCAGGGGGUCCUAGCCCAGGCCCAGGGGCCCGGGUACUGCUAGAGGCCAGUCCCUUCCCUUCCCGAGUCCUCUCAGAGCUGAAUGGCGCCUUCAGUGCACAGGCCCAGGUGGAAGUGAGGCCCAGG